AAAUUAGCAAUUUUUAUUUUAUUUCUAAAUAAAUGAAAUUUUAAAUAAUUAAAUAUUUUUCCAAACUUCACGAUCCUUUGAAUAAAGAACCAUUUUCAUAAUCAAAAUCUAUUGAGAUAUAUUCAAACUAAAAAUAUUGCUUAUUUAGUGACGAAAUGAGUAUACUAGUGGUGGCUUAUUAUCAUUUAUGGUUAGUGUUACUUUAAUUUAACUUAAUUCAGUGUUUAUUUAUAAAUAAAUAAAUACAUGGAAACAUGAAUAAAUGAAUAUAGCUUUUGAGGAUUCUUUGUUUGUCCAAUAAAUAGACCCAUAUGAAUAAAAUAUUACUCUACUUUAAUAACACCAUUAAAUAUAUUUACUAAUUAAGAAAACAUAUCAUCAUAUAAUAUAAAUUGGGAUAGGGAGCUUCAUUAUUAAGGUAGCAGUAGUAAAAAACAAACAUUGUUUUCUCUUCUUGAUGAUAUACAGCUAUUAGAUAUUUUAAUUUGGGUGUAUUCAAGUAUGGUACAAUUGAUGAGGACGGACAUGGAAGAGGCGACGGACUUUCAGUGGCUGAAGGGGAAGUCGACGGCAGCGGUGAAACUGGAAUUCGAAGAUGAUUUAGAUGAAGCACAUGGCCCCCUCAACAAGCGAUCCAAACUUUCUACUUCUCAACAACAAGUGGUUGUAGGAGAUGAUGGUUUUCCAGUUGCACCUUCGCAGUACAACCCGCUGGAUGAGCCCAGUCCAUUAGGUUUAAGGCUAAGGAAGAGCCCAUCGCUGUUGGAUUUGAUCCAGAUGAAGCUUUCUCAGGGUAACAGCCCCAAGGGGGGAAAUCAGGGGAAGAAGGGGAACUCUGGAACUAUUGAAAAGCUCAAAGCCUCGAACUUUCCUGCCACAGUUCUGAGAAUUGGGAGCUGGGAGUAUAAGUCGAGAUAUGAAGGAGAUCUGGUGGCAAAAUGUUACUUUGCGAAGCAUAAACUUGUUUGGGAAGUACUUGACGGUGGUCUCAAGAAUAAGAUAGAAAUCCAGUGGUCAGACAUUAUGGGUUUGAAGGCAAGUUACCCUGAUGAUGGACGUGGAACUUUAGAUGUUGUGCUAUCAAGACAGCCUCUUUUCUUCAGGGAGACGAAUCCACAACCUAGGAAGCACACACUUUGGCAAGCUACAUCUGAUUUUACUAGUGGACAGGCCAGCAUACACAAGCGACAUUACUUGCAGUGUGCACAAGGCUUGCUAGGAAAGCACUUUGAAAAGCUCGUUCAGUGUGAUCCACGUCUUAAAUUCCUGAGUCAACAACCAGAAAUUACGCUAGAUUCUCCACAUUUUGAAUCCAAAAUUUCAGUAUUUGAAAGCCCAAAUGUGUCUGACUCAGAAUUUAAUCUGAAUAAUGAGAGAAGUACCACCUUCCUCAACUUGCAUGGUGCCGCUUCACCUUUAGGAGCCCUUAGUUCUUCAAAUGGGGAGCAAGAUUUUGCAAGUAGACGAUUGGAAAACAUUCAUCCAGAAACACCUUCUCCAAUCUCAGUGAUGGAUACGAGGGCAAUUCAAGAUGUCAGUAGAGAUAUGCAGCAAUUGAAAGGCCUCGGUAACCUAGAUCAGCUCCGAGUGCCUGGUCUUCUUCCUUCCAUGUCGAUGAAAGAUUUGGUGAGCCACUUUGAACAGCGUUUUUCUGAGCAGGGAACGUCUGCAGGUGUAAGCCUGUCCAGUGAUGAACGGCAAAGCUUGGAGAUUCUGGAAGAGAUUUCGAGGUGCUUGUUUAGCGACACUCAAAAUAUUCCAGCAUCAGAUGAGAAAUCUCUCAUGACAAGGGUCAAUUCUCUGUGCUGUCUUCUUCAGAAGGAUCCUGCAACAGCUCAUAAGAGUGAGAAUUAUGGUGAUGUUGCAGCUGGAGGUAAGAGAACUGAUGAAUUGAUCAGUUUCUUCCCACCAGCAACAAGUGGAAAGAAGGUUGAGGAUCCUUCUAGAGCAGAUGUUAAAUCAAAUGAUCCAGCUCCGUCCAUGUCAAGAAGAGACUCGGUAGGGGAGCUGUUGGUGAAUCUGCCAAGAAUUGCAUCUUUGCCUCAGUUUUUGUACAAUAUCUAUGAAGAUUCUAGAUAGGAACUGCUUAGUUUGCCAUUGUCCAGUAAAGGAUGGUGAAGUUGCUCUUGUUCUUGUAUAUAGCAGGCAUAGCGUCUUGCAAGACACUGCUUAGCUACAGUGUCCAGUUUAGGAUUUGGUUGUAAUCAAAGCCUUCUAGAUUUGUCGGUAGUAUAUAUAUAUAUAGUCAUCUUCUAUUUUA